ACACGGAAAAACAAAAUGAGAGCUCCAAUUAAGAUUGUGAUCCUUUUUGCAAUAGUUUCCUGCACUGUGGCAAGAACAUUAAUCAACGAGGAUUUGUCCUGGGAUGCCUACAAAGUGAAAUUCGACAAGGUCUACGAGGAAGAAUCCGAAGAUCAGUUGCAUAGGAAGAUCUUUAAGGACAAUAAGAAAAACAUUUAUGACCACAACGGGCGUUGGCUGUCUGGUGAUGAAACUUACGAGAUGGGAAUCAACCAAUUCAGCGACAUGUUGGACGAGGAGUACAAUGAAGCUGUAGGCGCAGAAAACGACACUUACAAUGACUCUGGAGACGUUGAAUAUGAAUCCUCCGACACUUUAUAUAAUAUCUUGAAUCCAUCAAUACCGCCAUACGUCAACUGGACAGAAAAAGGCGUCGUCUCUCCGGUUGAGAACCAAGGACACUUCAACAACUCCUGGGCCUUUGCUGCAGCUGGAGUCGUUGAAAGUCGCCAGGCUAUUAGAAAAAGGAAAAUGGUGGCCCUCUCCAAGCAAAAUCUAAUUGAUUGCUGUUCUGCCACGAAGAAUCGCAUGUCACGCGCUCUUGUUUGGAUAAGGAGAAUGGGAGGCAUCGCCACUGAGGCAUCGUAUCCGUAUCGUGGCAUAAAUGGAAACUGUGUUUAUAACGCGACCAACAUUGGUGCUAAGAUUAAAAUAAUCAUACAAGUGCUGCCUGGCGAUGAGAUUGUGUUGGCCAUGAAUGUUGCCGAAGGUCCAGUUGCUGCUGUCAUCUCGAAGGAAGCCAUCAAGAACUACAAAGGUGGCGUAUUCAAUAGUUCCAAGUGUGGCGCCAGUCCAGAUUUUUCAGUUCUCAUUGUGGGAUAUGGUUCUUCUAAGAAAUUGGGAGACUUUUGGAUUAUUAAGACUUCACUGGGUUCCAAAUGGGGAGAAAAGGGUUACAUGAGACUUGCUCGUAACAAGAACAAUCUUUGUGGCAUCACAAACAGGGCAUUCUUUGCUUACUAACUAAGCAACUG